UCAGUAUUGGGUUUGGGAAAUGGGUACCUAUCUAGUUUUUGUUAUGUGUUUUUAUCUAAAUAUAAAUUGAAUCUCGUCUAAAGAUAAUUGUAAUUUUAAUAAUGUAAUACCGUUCCGUGCUUGUGAUUUAAUUCCUUUGAUUACAUUUCUUAUAAUAGUUCGAAUAUCAUAUAUGAUCAGAUUAACAAAACACCAUGUCUAUGCGAAGAUUUUAUUUUAUAUUAUGUUUGUGUGUAUCAAUUUUUUGGUAUUUUCCUUUAACUUGGAACUUAACUUUUAUUGGAUUAUUUAGCUUAUCAGUUAUCGUGGUAAUCUUCGCAUUUACUCUUUGGGGCCAUGUAUCAUUGUCAUCUCCACAUCAAACAUCGCUAUUUAUAUUAGAUAGUAUUGAAAAGGAAGCUCGAAUGUUGGAAUCCGCGAUAAAGGAGGAGCAAACCAAUUGGUCUUAUUCAACUAAAAAACCUCAUUUGCCUGUGGUUUUUGGAAGAACAGUUGAUAGUCAGUUGCAGCAGUUAAUAGACUACUUUCUUAGAGAUUUUGUGACAAGAUGGAUAAAAGAACUCACUCAUAAACCAGAACCAGUUAUAGAAAAAUUUAAGGAACACAUUUGGGGUGCUGUUCAAAAUUUAUAUGAGAGAUUGCUGAGAGUAGACGCUGAAAAGCUUUUGGCUAAUGAUAUGGUGACUAAAAUUACUCAGCACUUUGAGAGGAUAAGAAUUGCAAAAAGUUGUGCAUUGGAACUCAAUCAGCCACCUGUUUUUGCCUUAUUACCUCAUUUGAUGUCUUUUGAUACAGAACUACACUAUCUCCGACAAAUAAGUGAAAUGAUUGUUAUGUUUUUGAUGCCUAGAUGCUAUUCUUUGACACCAGCUUCUCAUUUACUAAGAGAAGUACUAGCAUGCAAAAUUCUCCAACCAGCAAUAGAUCUUAUAACAGAACCUGAUUAUAUAAAUCAAAAAAUUAUACAGUAUUUAGAAGCACAAAAGGAAGUUGAUGCUAUGCAUGUGCGAACCCAUGAAUAUGCUAAAACAUUUGAAGAUUACAUUCGGCUUAUUAAUAACUGCAAUAAUAUUGAUACGCUAAAACGCUUGAGGUAUGAUAUAGUAACACAGAUAAUGCAAGCAACAACGCUACAAAACAUCAAACGAGCUAAAGGCGUGGAUAUAGAGGUAAUAGAGAAGAGUGGGAACCAACACAAUGUGAGUCGGCAACAAGUGGCUGAUGCUAGAAAACUAAAGAGAUACAUUGAUCAGCUGACAAUCGCUAAAGCAGAGUGUGAAGCUGCUUUGCAGAGCCUGGGGUGGGAUGGUGCUUUUCCUACUGUGGAAUCUGAUAGCAAGACAUUGCCACUACACAAAAUAUUGGAGAGUGUGACUGGACGAAGGUAUCUUUCAAUGUUCUUGGAGACACUUUGCUCGCAAGGUCUUGUUGGGUUCUGGACAGCAGUGGAAGAGCUACGACAUAGCCCUAGAAGCAGUUGGCAUCAGCUAGGCGCCGAAAUAUUUUACACUUACAUUAGAUCGCCGAGUGCAGAAAUAAAAGUGGAUAAGGAAACAAGGAAAAGAAUGGAAUCAUUUUUACUAGGUGACACAGGUCCAGAAGUAUUUUAUGAAGUACAGGAUACUAUAGUGGAUACAAUACAAGAGAAAUAUUAUCAUUCCUUUUUACUUAGUGAUCAAUAUAAAGCUUUAAAUGCUGAGCUUGCUACAGAAGAGGCUAAUAAAGAAUUAAUAUCAGAGAGAUCGCCAAUAGAAGAUCGUCAGCUGUCUAGUGAAUCGGUGUCAUCGGCGGAAAGCGUCGGCGGUACAGUACAUUUAAUAGAACAUUCCACUUAUGCCAGGCGGAAACUGGAUCAAUUGCAAGAACGACAUAAUAAUAAAACACAGGCAUUAGCGGCACUCCGAGCGUCCCUCAAACCGGAAUCACCCGCGCUAACCAUGCUCGCGAACGAAGUCGAACGGCUCGCGGGCGAACAGAUGCGCCUCGAAGCUCAUCUUGCGCGUACUGACACGUGGGCGGAACACUUGGGCCAGUGGCGCGCGAGCGUGCAUAGCGCUGAGAUAAUUGACGAAUCAAAACCACCCCAGUUCGUGAUAGUAGUUCACAUGGCUGAACAGGACCCAAGCAAUGAAGACAGACCUGAACAGAUCACCACUGGGUGGGUGCUUUUGAGGACACUCAAUGAGUUUCAGGAACUUCAUCGGAAAUUAAGGCCUAUGUGUUCGGAACUAAAAAAUCUAGAGCUUCCUUCAAAUUCUUUUAAAUUUAUAUUCGGUAAAAAUGAUAAAAACUCAUUAGAGAAGGCGAAAUCUUUGAUACAAAAAUAUUUAGAGUUUGUUUUAGAAGAUGAUAGGUUGAAUCAAUGCGAAGCACUUUAUACAUUCCUAAACCCAAGUUCUGAGUACCUUAAACAAGGUGAUUUACCAAAGAAAAAUAAGUUUUCAUUUUCUACAUUGUUCAAAAGCACAAGUAGUGAUGCAACGAACAGAUCGUCACAAGAGAAAGAAGCGUACCCGCAUACAUCGGCUGACGACGACGAGAUAUCCAUGUACCUUGAUGGGAACGGCGGUGAUAAUGCCGGCAAAAACGUCACUAAUUCUAUGAGAGGUACAGGUCCAAUAGGCGAAGAGAGAGAUAGCAUAGCGGAACCGCUAUACGCCUUGCUAAGUGAAGUGUUCGACAUGCGAGGCGUGUUCAAGUGGCUCAGGAAAACUCUGGUUACUUUCGUGCAAAUUACGUAUGGACGAACUAUUAAUAGGCAAAUAAAAGAGACGAUAUCAUGGUUAUUCUCUGAACAAAUGUUGCAUUACUAUAUUAGUAUAGUUUUGAAGUCGUGGUGGCCGGGUGGCGUUCUCAGUGAAACUACCUCCAACAGAAAUAUUAGAGAUAAAGAGCACACGCGCACACUAGCGCUCGCGCAGGUGAGCGAGAGCGUGGUGGGCGCGCUGUCGUCGCUGGUCGGCGCGCACGCGGCCGCACGCGGCGCGCACAAGCUGUUCCACACGCUGCAGGACAGCACGCACAACAAGCAGCUCUUCUAUGAAAUCUUCGAGCUGGUUCUCCUAGAAGUAUUUCCCGAGCUGAAGCGCUACCACACCGCGUCGCUCAACGAAGCCAAAGGAUACCGACAAUAGAUAAGUGUAUUGAUAAUAAUGCUUACAGGGAUGCUGGCGAUAGAUGCUAAUUAUUUUAUUUUUCUACUCCUCAUUUUUAUUAUUUAUCUGUGACGAUUUGUGUACAUAGUACGUUUUAUCUUGGCUAUCAAGCAAUCGACCGAUCUCAUUUUUAGAACAUUUUACGUAGUAUAUUGCUAUGUGUUGCUGUCUUACUAGUAUGUUUGUCACAAAUAAGUUUGGGACUUAAAACGUUUUAAGCUCGUAGAUUAUUUUUGAUUUACCUAGUGGAACUAUAACCAGUGUUAUUUUUAAGUUUUAUUUUUUUCGUUUGUUUUUCUAUUGACUACAAAAAUAUCUCAUUCCUUUUCGAAUCAAAUACGUUUAUUGUGUUAUUUUUUUAACUUAAAGUAAUGCACAAGGAUCUCCUAAUCUUGAUACUUUAUUGUUGGUUAUCAAAUUAUAGAAUAUACGUAGAAAUGAUUGGUUAUUUAAAAAAAGUAGAAGUUCAACUACAUUAAUCGUGCUUGUUUAAUCAUAAAUAGUAGUUGUUUAUUGGAUGUUAACAAUAUAACUUGUAGUAAUAAUAUGUUAAUAUUGGUCUAUCUUUUGCUGACAUAUCAAUACUAGCGGACUUUUAAUGUAUUUCUUAUAGCCGUAUCUACUUUCCGCUUAUUUACUAUGUGCCAAGAGGAGUUUUCUAUUAAUUUCACGGCCAUUUUGUUAUAGUCGAUGAACCGUGUUAAAAAAAUACCAAAUUAUCAAGAAAGUUUUGUUCAGCAAUAGUUUCUUAAAAAGUGGACACAUUUAGAUGUAUUGAUUUUUAUUUGAAAUCAUUAUGAAAUGUCAUUUUAAUUUGGUCAAAUUAAUGCCGAUAGAUUUUUUAGUAUAUUUUUUUAUUUAUUAAAAUAUAUUUUGCAAAUCGAAUCCUAUAACGUACCUGACUCUGUUAUUUUUUGUGGAUGUGUUAUGUAGCUGAAAUUCAAAAUUUUAAGGAGAUUAGGUAUAAAAUGUGUUGAG